AUGUCGUGGAAGAGGGGGUGGGGCGGUGGCCGGGUGCCCGGGAGACCGACAGGCACGGGCACAGUGCCCGCCGCUUCUAUGAGGCAGCAAGUGCCUGUUAGAAAGCCGCCACCACCACCAUCAUCCGGGGAUUUGAAAAUGGCGGCUGCGCAGCGAUCACCCAAUCAGGAGCAGGCGGUGGUUGCUAGGGGACGUGGAGUCCCGCCCCCUUCUCUGCCAGACCUGAAGAGGGAGUGCCUUUCCAUUCACAUUGGUCAAGCUGGCGCCCAGAUUGGGGAUGCUUGUUGGGAACUCUAUUGCCUGGAACAUGGAAUCCAGCCAGAUGGCAUCGUUCUUGACAGUCAACAGAAUCAGUUGGAAAAUUCUAAAAUGAAGCACAUGAAUGCAUCUUUUGAUACCUUCUUUCAUGAGACGAGGGCUGGGAAGCAUGUGCCCAGAACACUGUUCAUGGACUUGGAACCAACUGUUAUAGAUGGGAUCCGUACAGGAAAGUUACGUUCACUCUUCCACCCAGAGCAGCUUGUUAGCGGAAAGGAGGAUGCUGCCAACAACUAUGCACGAGGUCACUACUCUGUGGGCUCCGAGAUCAUCAGUCUUGUGCUGGAGAGGAUCAGAAAGCUGGCAAAACAGUGCAGUGGACUUCAGGGAUUCUUGAUUUUCCGAAGCCUUGGAGGAGGUACUGGAUCGGGAUUUACAUCUCUCCUAAUGGAGCAGCUCUCCGUAGAGUAUGGCAAGAAGACUAAACUGGAAUUCUCUGUCUACCCAGCCCCUAGAAUCUCCACUGCUGUAGUGGAGCCUUACAACUCCAUCCUCACCGCCCAUUCUACCAUGGAGCACUCAGACUGUACCUUCAUGGUGGAUAAUGAGGCCAUCUAUGACAUCUGCCAUCAUAAACUUGGUGUUGAACGCCCCUCCUAUGCAAGUAUCAAUAGGCUGAUAAGUCAGGUGGUAUCUUCCAUUACGGCUUCCCUUCGGUUUGAAGGACCCUUGAAUAUAGACCUUAUUGAAUUCCAGACCAACCUAGUACCCUAUCCAAGAAUACAUUUCCCCAUGACAACCUUUGCCCCCAUCAUCUCUGCUGACAAAGCCUACCACGAGCAUCUGUCAGUGCCCAACAUCACUGCUGCUUGCUUUGAGUUGUCCAACCAGAUGGUCAAGUGUGAUCCUCAGCUUGGGAAGUACAUGGCCUGCUGCUUACUAUACCGAGGAGAUGUGAUCCCUAAAGAUGUGAAUGCAGCAAUUGCAGCCAUGAAGUUGAGGACCUCUGUUCAAUUUGUAGAUUGGUGUCCAACUGGUUUCAAGGUGGGCAUCAACCAUCAGCCACCUGUGGUGAUGCCCGGAGGGGACAUGGCCCGGGUCCAGAGAGCUGUCUGCAUGUUGAGCAACACCACAGCAAUUGCAGAGGCCUGGGACCGGCUCGACCACAAGUUUGACCUCAUGUAUGCCAAGAAGGCUUUUCUACACUGGUACAUCACAGAAGGCAUGGAACAAGGGGAGUUCUCAGAAGCCAGGGAAGAUCUGGCAGCUCUGGAAAAGGAUUAUGAGGAGGUGGGGCUGAGUUUCUGAUGUAAACAGGACUGGUGGAAACAAUGUGAAGUUAAAAUGUCAUGCUUUCUGUUCAAGCCAUUAUAUACUUAGUGGCUAGAGUUUCCCAUACUAGAAGAAAAAUGAAAUCAAGUGAAGCAAGAACCUAAAUUCCACACUAAAUUAAAUGGGUCUUUAUUGAUAAUGCACGUAUAUUUCCUUAUCUAUGGUAUAAUUCAUCUCUGCUGACUAGGAGCCUUCUGGGGAGUCUUUUGAACUGGGUCAUGUCUAGGUGGUUUUUUUUGUUUUUUUUUUUUUUUUAAAUUUUAGCUUUUAUGUUAGAAUGGAAACCGGUCUUUCUUCUUGCUUCCUUUAACUAAGAGAGUAUUAAACCCUAAAGUUUAUGCUUUUCCUUUUCUGUGCCUAAAGCGGAAAAACACUCAUAUUGAUUGUGAAUGUUAUUUCCCCUGUAUCUCUAUUUUGUCUGUUGAUUAAAUAACACAUAUUUUCA